UUUUUCAAAGCGAUAAUAAAUAACAUCGCUGCCCCACCUCUAGUAAGUGUAAUACCAAAUAAAUUUCUGGCAAGGAUCGGGGACAAAACCCGGGAAAAAGGAGCAACAGGACAGCCUUAUAAAACCAUGGCACCGCCACCGUUGACAGCGCAGCCCGUGCCGCACCAGCAGCACCUCGAGCAGACAUCGCUGCCGCUGCCGCCGCCGCCAACGGGGCAAAACAUAGCCCCGUCGGGUGCGUUUCCUGGCUCCCUUACGCCCGGCUGGAAUGAUCCACCACCAGUGUCAGCGGAAUCUUUGGCCAACAAUGCGAACAGCCGACGCCCACGUCUCGAUCUCCGGAAGCGCGUGGCCCAUCCGCUGGACGGUCAGCCGGGCUACGUGGCACCACCGGCCGAUAUAGCCUCACCCCGACCAGUGGCCAUGGUGCCGCCUGUACGCCAAAUGCCGUAUCCAGAUCCCAAUUGCGUCGCAGGUGCAUCAUCGGAUGCGGGGGGUCCAGGAGCGGGAUUGGCCAAUGUACGACUGCCACCGUUGGCCCAGGACGUUGGCGCCGAUCCGUCCAGAGUGCCCGUGGCCAGGAUUUUGCCAUGGCAGAACUAGCAGACAGACGAGGUGAGAUGAUGAGACGUUGCGUGUUUAUCACGUCCAUAGGUUAAGGUACUCCACUCCAAAUUGCUGUGUUCCGGGCGGGGCAAGAAAAUCAAUAUUUUUCUAUGUAAAUCCACUUAAGGCAUUAAAAUACAAUUGUCACUGCAGGUCUGGGUCCAAUGAGCCCCUAAUCCUGCAAGUCUUAUAUUUAUAUUAA